AUGGAUGUAAAGAUUUGUGCACUAUUAGCGUGGCUGAAAAAAUCUGAUAGUUUUUAUAUAGCACCCAAUAUCAAAAUCAAUGAUUCACCAGAAUCGGGUAGAGGAAUUGUCCUAAGCCAUCAUUCCAUAAAAAAAAAUGAUAUUAUUAUUUCAAUACCAAGCUCAAAACAACUAAACUUCCACACAAUACUGUAUCAUAUUUCAAAAUUUAACAAUGAUCUCAAUAUUUCCGGCGUCACAAUUGAUAGAGACCUGGCCGAUCAAGAGAAGAACAGUGUCGGCGUCGGAAGCAGAGGCCCAAUUGAUCCGAGGUUUGAGUUAUAUUCUCAGUUGUCAAAAGAAUAUCUGCUAAAUUUAUCAUCAUUUCAACUGGUAUCGUUAUAUAUAUUGGUGGAAAGAUAUCUGAUACCCAAAUGGACGCACAAUAGAAUAAAUUCAUAUUGGAAACCGUUUUUUGACAUAUGGCCCACCAAAGAAGAGCUGAGAUCCAUACCAGCUAUAUGGAACUGUGAUCCCAAUUCUCAGAACCGCUCACUGAUAGAAUAUCUACCGAUGGCUGCACGAAACCAUAUGACUAGAAUCAGCAAACUUGUCAGGGAAGAUUGGGAUGCCAUUUCCGAGGUUGUUUUCGAAUGGAAUGAAAUGUACGGCUCUAUACUGGGAGUUGAAAAUGCACCGAUCUAUACCAAUGAUGAAUUAUUUUCCUUGUUUCUACAUGUUUACUUUACUAUAAAUUCAAGAUGCCUCUAUGCUGAAAUUCCAGUGAAAAGAAAUGACCGCUUGAGCAAUUUUACUAUGGUACCGUAUGUUGAUUUUCUCAAUCACACUUGCGAGGUAGAUUUGCAUUGCUAUCCUCAGUUGGAUACUUUAUUAAGGUCGGAAGCAAACGAGAAUAUUGGCAUUGGGCAAUUUAGCAUUAGAUGCGGCGAGCGUCUGUACAACAAUAUCAAUGAGGAGCUCUUUUUGAAUUAUGGUGCACAUUCUAACGACUUUUUAUUAAGUGAGUAUGGGUUCGUAGUGAAUGAAAAUGAGUGGAACUACCUAGACAUCUCGAACGAUGUUAUCGAAUUGAUAAACGAUGAUAAAAUGGAAGUCCAAACAUUUCUAUCAAAACACGAUUAUUGGGGCGACUAUACAAUCAACAAGAAUGAAAUCAGCUAUAGGAUAAUAGUGGCAUUAAGCUAUUACGUAACUAGAGAUGAAAGGAGAGUUCAGAAAUUUACUGAAGGCUAUAUAUCAGAGGACUACUUUAAACCAAAAAUUACUCCAGUUUUGAAAAUGUUAUUAACUUCUUUAGUUGCGACUUAUACAAAGACUCUAAAUCAACUAGAAAAAAAAGCAAAUACCGCUGAAGAUAAGCUGUGUUUACAGAACAUAAUCACCAUUUACAAAGGUUAUAUAAGAAUUCUUACACAUCAUUUAAAUAACCAUGAUUAA